AGAAAUAAAUUUGCAUCAAAAAGGAGCUUGACCAUUUCAGGUUGAAAGAAAACCAAUAUCGCCAUUCUUUCUUAAGUGCCAACUGAACGACAACCGAGAAUAAACCACACGGCACUGUGUUCAGUUGACUCGAACUGAACAUGGGGCGCUCGAAGAAAAUAGACGAUCUUGUCUCUCGCUUCUCUGGCCUGCGCGAAAAGUGUGUAAAAUCCGGCGAAUCGAUAGGGAACAUCAGAUUUGAAUUCUUACGCGAGGUAUAUGACGUUCCGUCUAAGAAGAAGACGAGUAGUUUCUUUAACUGGAGCACGAUUCUUUGGUACAUAAUCUUGCCUGCACUUGCCGUGUUCUGGAGCUAUUCUUUUUUGGAAAACGUGUACGAACCCUGCCUCCUCGAACCCGAUGUAGUGCUUUUAAACGACAUAUCACGCAAACCGAGUAAAUGUUCGCUUCUCUGUGAGGGCGUGAAUGAAAUCCCCAGAGUUUCUAAUCUAUCAAAGGAGGAAUUCAUCGCCAAGUACGCAUACAGUGGGAGGCCUGUGGUCAUUACGGAUGCUGCAAAGAACUGGUCUGCUGUGGGAAAGUUCAGCUUUCAGUUUUUUAAACGCCUUUACUCCAAAAACAAGGAGGCUGCUGAAGAAAAUCCUGAUAUGGGUUGCACAUUUUUCCCUUACAAAUCUGGUUUCAAUUCUCUGAAGGAAGCGCUGAGAAUGCCAAAGUCAAGAGCGGAAUGGAAAGGACAGCCCUGGUACAUCGGCUGGAGUAACUGCGACCCCGUUGUUCGUAAUGAGUUGCGUAAAUACUACAACAGACCUUACUUUAUACCGCUGGACGCUGAGACUGGCGAUCAGGACUGGAUAUUCAUGGGAGGACCUGGGCCUGGUGCACCCAUACACAUAGACAUGGUGAACCGUCCAUCAUGGCAGGCGCAGCUGUCAGGGCAGAAGAUAUGGACUCUUAUUCCUCCCCCAGAGUGUGAACAUGUCUGCAAGUCCAUGCACGUAACAAUGAACAAAGGAGAAAUAAUUGUAGUGGACACCAAUCAAUGGUUUCACUCCACAAAAGUUGUUCCCACUGGUGAAUUGAGCAUCACUAUUGGAGCAGAAUACGACUCAAAAGUGGGACGGGUGAGUGAGAUGGAUCAACUUGCCCAUGUGUCAGUCAAAUCAAUCCGGUUGUCAGUAGACGUAGCACCCAAGAGUUGUUAUGGAAAGCCACUGCGUGAGCACAGUUAUAAAGACAAAGCAGACACUCUGGUCUGGUGGGCGACGGGCCUGGUUUGCCAAUCCCUAAUGGCUGCGACGAAAGGCGUCGAAGAACUUGUCGUUCUUUUUUCCGAUCUGCGUGAAAAGUCGCUGAAACGUGGAGAAACUCUUGAGAAAGUUCGUUCGGAAUUUCUUCGGCAGGUUGGGAAGGACCGUGAAACAACCUCUUCAAAGUGGAGAAGCUUGAAAUGGUUCUUGAUUGUCAUUUUACCUGUUGUUUUGGCGAUAGCUGGAUACUAUUUCGACGUGAUCGAGCUGCUGAAAGUGAAAGAAGAACUUUGCCUCGUGGAUGUCAACGAAAUUUUCAUCGAAGUAACCCGUAAGCGUACAAACUGCACGCUUUUGUGUGAAGGUUUGACCGAGAUUCCUCGAGUUUCUAACUUGUCGAAGCAGGAAUUCGUCUCGAAGUAUGCCUACAGUGGUCGACCAGUUGUGAUUGUUGACGGUGCGAAGAACUGGUCGGCUGUCGGGCGCUUCAAUUUUACGUUUUUCAAGGAUCUUUUCGACAAGAACAAAGAAGCCUAUCGAGUGAACGAAGAUGAGUGUCAGUUCUUCCCUUAUAGAACGGAGUUUAUUUCUUUGGAACAGGCGCUAAACAUGUCAAAGGAAAGGUCAGAAUGGAAAGCGGAGCCAUGGUAUUUUGGCUGGAGUAAUUGUGACCCUACGAUCAGAGAAGAAUUGCGUACUCACUACCAGUUACCAUAUUUCUUGCCAAGCCAAUCAGAGACCAGCGAACAGGACUGGAUCUUUAUGGGAGGACCGGGACCUGGAGCUCAGAUACAUAUUGAUAGUGUAGACCGUCCAUCAUGGCAGGCGCAGCUGUCAGGCCAAAAGACCUGGACUCUGAUCCCUCCCCCAGAGUGUGAACAAGUCUGUCAGCCCAUAUUCACAACAACAAUGAACAAGGGAGAAGUCAUUGUUGUGGACACAAAUCAGUGGUAUCAUUCAACACAGGUUUUGCCAGGAGAUCUCAGCAUUACCAUUGGGGCAGAAUAUGACUAGAAAAAGAAACAACAGUCCCUAAAUUAUGCAUGUUUUCACCAGCAUUCCCCUGAGGUCUAAGAACCCUCAGGCCAACCAUCAAUAUUUGGAGGGGGUGCAGAGGAUCUUUGCCCCGGGAUAGGAGACAGUUCAAGACUUCCUUUGUUAUAAGUUUUAGAGAUUUUAAAAGGGGAAAUCACAAGAUUGUAAUUGAGGAUAAUUUAAGGAGGAUUGUAAUUGAAGGGAAGCAUAAACCAGGUGACUUUGCUUUUAAGAUUUUGCCAUUACUGGGAAGAUAUCUUCCUUUGCUUUGCUUUUUUAUGACCUCAGGGGAAGCUGGUGACACAUGCUUAUGAUAAACGAAAAGUAAAGGUGUUAAUCCAUUAUGCACCUGAAAACUCAACUUUUUGUGCAAUGUCUUGACCAGUUACAAGAAACUUAAUUGUUUCACUGUUCUUUCCCAGAUAUAUAAUCUGAACAUGUCCAGAUUUUUGAUAGUAUCAACCUAUUUUCCCCAUCAGAAUGCUUUUGUUGAGGAAAAGGUUAUUGUCAUUCAGAAUGCUUUUAUUAAUAAUCCAUUUUACAGUAUUUUGAGGUAUUAAUAAUCUGUUUUAUUAUAUGGCUAGCUCCAUGAGCGGGCAAGAUGAAUCAAAUCCUGCACUGUGAUUGGCUACCUGAGUGGGCAAGAUGGAGCCAUCUUGCCCGCUUGGGACUACCCGUCAUGUCCUGCUUGAAAAAUUUCUCAGAAAGCCAUAUAAUAAAUCCUUUAUUGACCAAGCUUGGUCCGUCAAGAUGGCUGGAUACUGGCCUCAUUCUUUCUC